AUGACGUUUACGUUACCGCUGGUUCUGCUGCCGCUCCUGUUCGCGGCUGCAUGGAGUGGUGAGCCAGUGUUCGAUCCCAGCACUCUGAUGCGGUUGGUGCUCGUGCCGGCGGAUGCAGCCGUUGGCUCCGUCAUCUACCGCGUCCGCGCUUCCGAUCCGGACUUUGACUAUCCGCUGCACUUUGAACUUAUAGGUCAAAUGGGUCGUCUGGACGUAGGUAUUGAGACUCUACCAUGCACGCGCUACAACUCGGUGUGCCAAGCGAAUGUGAUACUACUCCGGAGGCUGGAACCAGGGCGUUAUGUGGACUUCCGACUUUCAGUCCGAAACACUAGAGGCAGGAGUUCUAGGAUUGCUUGCUCUAUAACUGGGACCAAUGCCACUACCCCAAGGGAUACCAUAUUUCCUCAUCAGCCUAGCAUCAUUUUAGUACCAGAGGAUGCAAAACGCGGCACAGACCUCGAGAUCGUCAUUGCGAGAAAGAAUCCUGUGUCUUCGAAGCCCUUGGAACUGGAACUUUGGGGUUCACCUCUCUUCGCCAUCCGUCAACGCCGUGUUUCAACUGAAAACACUGAAGGGACGAUAUUCUUGGUCGGACCUCUGGACUUCGAGGCACAGUCGAUGUACCAUUUGACACUUUUGACGGUGGAUCCAUACGUGGAAGUCGGUAAAGACACUCGUAACAUAGCUGGGCUAGAAGUCGUCGUAGUAGUUCAAGAUGUCCAGGAUAUGCCUCCAGUGUUUACGACUGCUCCACCUAUCACUCACCUGCCUCGUCAGGUGGUUCCAGGGGACGUGGUUGUGAAGGUCCGAGCUGAAGACGGAGACAAGGGAGCUCCUAGGCAGAUCAGAUACGGCCUGGUGUCGGAGGGAAAUCCGUUCACACCGUUCUUUAACAUCAACGAGACUACAGGCGAGGUGACAUUAGAACGACCAAUCGAAGAGAUCGCAGCGAUUUCUCACGCCGGUGCUCCAAUUCUGCUGACGGUUGUGGCUGAAGAAGUUCGUUUAUCCAGGGAAGAGCCGGAGGCUAUGUCAUCGACUGUCCAGCUGGCCUUCAUAUUGCCUGAACGAGAUAAUUCGCCUCCAUACUUCGAGAAUGAAUAUUACAUCACCUACUUGGACGAAAACGCUCCUCAAGGCACAGCGUUAACGUUUAGUGAUCCCUACAUCCCCCAAGUCAAUGACAACGAUGCGGGUAAAAAUGGCGUGUUUUCGCUCUCACUCGUGGGAAAUAAUGGCACCUUCGAAAUAUCUCCCACGGUCGCUGAAAGACAUGCUCAGUUCAUUAUUAAAGUACGGGAUAAUACGAUGCUGGACUUUGAAGCUAGGAAAUCAGUUAUAUUUCAGAUUUUGGCUCAAGAACUGGGUCCAGCAACAAACCUCUCAGCUACAGCAAAUGUCACCGUCUACCUGAACGACGUUAAUGACAACGCCCCGGUGUUCCUAGCUUUAUCAUAUGACGUGGAACUACCAGAGAACAUAACAGCUGGAGCUAGAGUAGUCCAAGUGCAGGCAGAUGACGUAGAUACGGGUUCCUUUGGAAAAAUCCAAUACACUGCCAUAUUAGGAUACCUAAAUACAUCACUGAAUUUAGAUCCCAUUUCUGGCUUAAUCACGAUCGCGACAAACAACCACGGGUUCGAUCGAGAAGCUAUGCCGGAUUUGCAUUUUUUAGUAGAGGCUAGAGAUAAUGACGGGGUAGGUUUAAGAGUAACAGUGCCAUUAAUAAUUAAGUUGUUAGAUGUUAAUGAUAACCCACCAGAGUUUGAGAGGACAUUGUAUGAAUUUGUGCUAUCGCCGAAUUUGAGUAAUUUCACUUCGCCGGCGUUCGUGAAGGCAGUAGAUAAAGACGCAGAACCACCUAACAAUGUAGUACGAUAUGAAAUUAUAGAAGGAAACAGAGAUGGAAAGUUUGCUAUAAAUGAAGAAACAGGUGAACUCUACCUAUUAGAACCAUUAAAGAGAACGAAAAAAGAUAACGUAAGAAGUAGAAAACGACGAGAUAAUGACGAGGACAGUGAGGUGUAUGUUCUAACUGUAAGAGCUUACGACCUCGGCAUCCCAAGACUGUCUACAACAACUCCAAUUAAAAUCUACCCACCAGAGAGUAAAACGAGAACUAUGUCCUUUAUUGUCCCUGGAGCCAAUCCAGAUAGAAAGAAGUUAGAGGAAUUAUUAAGUACCCUUUCAGGAGGGAAAGUAAAUAUCAUUGAUAUUAAGCCAUACAAAGGCAAUGAUUACAAUGCCUAUGAUGAAAACGGUCAGGGAUCUAGUCAAGAAAAGAGUGAAGUUAUAGCCGUUGUGCGUUCGUCCGAAAAUAGUGCUAUAAAUGUCGCAAAGUUGCAAGAGCAGCUUAUGAAGAAUAAAACGGUGUACAGCACAGGUGCAAUUCCUAACGAUCAAACUUCAACAGCGAAUAAGGAAGAUUCCAGCCUGUACAGAGCUGAAAACCGUUUACUAUUCUGGUUAUUAAUUCUACUGGCAAUAUUAGUAGCACUUGUUUUACUACUUUUAAUAUGCUGUUGUAUCUGCGAAGGAUGCCCUCUUUACAUGCCCCCCAGGAAAAGAGUGAUACGUGUCAACUCCACAGAAGACGACGUGCAUUUAGUGGUACGCGACAAGAGAGUUGGGAGGGAAAACAAGACGAGCCAAAAUAUAGAAAAUAAAUCAGUUCGAUCGUCCGAGUGGAGGAGGCGUGAGGCUUGGAGCGCGGAACAGACAGAUUUACGAACAAAACCGACACAAUGGAAGUUUAAUAAGAGACAUCAGAAGUCAAAAGACAUGACGAAACCAUCAUCGACACCCAGCGACAUCGAACAUGAAUUUGUACACGCCGCUGAAGACAACGAUUAUAAAUAUGACGAUACUAGACAUUCCUUAAGAAAUAGGGAUGGUCCAAAAAUAAUCUAUACCAAGGAAAUGCAGCUUCAACAAGCAUUUGCCAACAAACAUAAAGAGUAUAUUGAAGAUCUGGAAAAUGGUUACGAUAGAAUCGCAACUCUUCAUCACAGAAAAGAACAAGAUAAUGAUUCUAUUAGAAGACACGAAAUUGACCGGGGGUCUGAUGUUGGUGUUGCCGUUAAGCCAGAAGCAAUUAAACAUACCGAAGAUAACGAAGAAAAUAGAACUAAAUUAGAAUACCAUGACAAAAUCCAUGCUCCGUCUUCUCUUGCAAGGGACCAAUAUUUUAUACGUGAAGGUAAUACCGAAAUCCUCAGACUCGUUACGCGUGGACAUAAUGAAGAAGAACGUUAUGUUAACCUUCCAGUACAUCAACAACGACCAGUGACAUUAAUCCCACAGACUCAAUACGUAGUUGUAGAUAACGGUAAAGAGUUACUUAUGGAAAGAUUUAUUAGAGAACAAGGUGAAGAAGCAAAACAUAUAAGGGAACGUAUGAAUUCGAAGCUCGUGACAGAUUUAGACGAAAUUUCGGUCGGAAAAGAGAGCAGAAUUAAUGGACAAAAACUUCACGAAGUAAGCAAAAUGCAAGAAUACAGUAAUUUACACCAAGACGUUCCCGGUACAGUACCCUUAAAAGCUGAAUAUUUACAAUCAGCUUUAUUAGACAUUCAAAAUAAAUCUAGUCUUAACCAAGAACUGUUAGAAACAUCUUUACGUAAACAAAAUGAACUUUUACAUCAAAUUCUCGUCGAGAGAGAAAAGAUGCUCCAAAACCAUGAGACUGCUUCACAAGUAGAGAGUAAGUUAGAAACACAGAGUUUACCGGGACAUUCAGUUAUGGCUACACAGACCGAAUGUCAUAUUGGUACUCAAACUGAACCACAGCUUUUUAAUGAAAUCAAACGAAAAUCUCGAAGCGAUAACGAUUCCUACAGCGAAGAUGAGUCUCAAAUUUCCAACAAAGACGAGGCAAGUAAACCAACAUGGUUAAAAAGAAAGAAAUCUAAGAAAAAGACAAAAUAUAAAGAUCCUCGCAGAAGUAUGCGUUCGUAUGAUGUCAAAAGAAAAAUAAAAACGCCUAUUAUUGAAGAAAGUGAAGCAUCUCCGUCUUUAGACAGUGAAAAACAUGUUAAAAUAAGCAAGACGAAUGAAAGACAGGAACAUACUAAACAUUACGGUGAUGUUACUAAAAGCACAGUUAUAACCUCAAAAAACGAAACAAUGUCCUCCACGAAAAUUAAACUUAGCGAUAGUGACAGAAAAGAAAAGUUGAGACGUGAAAUAUUAUUAGAAAUUUCAGAUUCUCUUGACGAGAAACUUCAACCGGACAAACUAAAGCCAAGAAUAAAAGAUAGGCAAAUUACAGCUUCAAAUAAAAUAUCAGAAAUUAGUUCAUACGAACGCGAAAGUAACCGAGAUAGUCGAAAUAUUAGUAGUGGUAGUGGAGAUAAUAAGAAAAUGCCUUCUAAAGUUGAUUCCUCUACUGAGACACGAGAAGACCAGAAAAUCGCUAGCGAUUUUGAUAGCAAAGACAAGUCACCUGACUCUAAAAAAGACGAAUCUAAAAUAAGUAGUAAAACUGAAGAUGGUAAGCAAAGUGAAAGUAAAGCUGCACAAAAAAGUUUACCAAGAUACAUGCAAUGGUAUAGCAAAAAACCUGCCACAACAUCGAAACCCGCCCCGGAAAAGGCUAUACCAGACAAACCCAAAAGGCCGUCUAAAAUAAAAACUGAACCAGCUAAACCCCCGGAGAAAUCAGGACGAUACGGCAAAAUAAUGCCAAAAGAGCAUACUGAUGGGGAAACAAAAAAAAACUUCAAAGAAAAGGAAAGUGAAUUUAUUCACCCACGUCUACUGAGAGAGGGUAAAGUAACACCCACCCCUGAAGGACCGUUGCCCGAUGUACAUCCACUAUUGCAACAUUCGGAGCAUCGAUACGAACGUCAGUACGAGAAUCAAAACCCACUCUGUCAUGUUCAGCCCACGCAUAUACCGAAAUAUCUCAAACUCGAAUCGAUCGCUCCAGCUUUACCGCGUCGACAAUCAAUUGAACAACAGCCGAUCUACGUGAAUCAAGAUGAAGUGAAAAACAAGGAGUCACAAGAAAUGGCCGAGAGUGCGUUAACUCACAGUAUAUCAAUAUCUACGAACUACGACGAAGGUCGCAAGGCUUCGGAAGUCCACGUAUCAAAGAUAAACAUAGGAGGAGACCCGGGUGGUAAAAUUGUCACUACAAAAUUAGAUGAUAACGAUUCCGGUAUAGCUAUGACAACGCUAGCCCAACAAACCGGUAACAUAAAACGAUUACCGAUCACAGAGAAAAAGAGCGUUUUCACUAUCGCUUAUGACGACGUACAGACAAAACAAUUACGACCUGACAGUAGUUCUACGUCGUAUUGA